GGUUGCUACUCCUCCACAGUGCCAGUCAGCGUGCCUCAACAUUACAACCACCACCAGCGGGCUGUGGUUCGUACGUUAGAUUGCGUGCGGCCAGCAGUAACAGCCUCGUUGAUCAGGCCCUGAUCCACCGGGAGGCCUGCUCGUGGAUCGGGCCGCGGGGGCGUUGAUCCCCGGAAUACCCUCCAGAUAGACUCCAGGUAGACCUACACUAGACAUGAAGCGGGUGAAGUAGUUGCACAUGCAGCAGCACAACCACCACAAAAUAGAAGCAGCAGGAUGGGUAGCGGAAGCAGUAAACGCAAAGACAAGAGUCACUUAUUAGAGACUUUGAAGGAGCACAAGGACAGCAUCAUGUGCCUGGCCCUCACAGAUGACUCUUCCCUCCUGGUGACGGGAUCCUACGACACCACAGCCUGUUUGUGGAGCACCAUGAGCGACGCUACCGAGUGUCUCGGCGUACUCAUAGGACACACGGGAAGGAUCGUGUGUGUGGCGACGAGUAUGACCUUCGUCUACACUGGCUCAGAAGAUUCCACCAUCAAGAAGUGGGACAUUUGCACCUCCGACUGUAUCUUUACAUACUCCGGUCACGUCAGUCAGGUGAACCGCAUCAUGUGCGCUGGAGACUUCCUCUUUAGCACCUCCUACGAUAAGACGGCGAAGGUGUGGCUGCAGCAGGUCAACAACGCUUCCACACAGGAGGAAGUCCUCGUGCGCACCUUCGAGGGUCAUACCAAGGCAGUGUACCCCAUCAUCUUCCUACCUGGACAAGACACGGGUGGAGUCAACGAGGAGGGUCUGAAGAUCAACCCAAGUGACUUGGUCAUCACGGGCAGCACAGACACCACAGCCAAGUCCUGGGCACUAGACAUGGGCAUAUGUCUCAAGACAAUGCAACAGCACACUGGACCAGUGACCUGCAUGGACACGGGAGCUCAAGGAAAACUUCUCUUCACGGGCAGUGAUGAUUGUACCGUCAGGGUGUGGGAAGUCAGCAGUGGCAGGUGUCUGAGGGAGCUGAGAGGUCACAACGAGGCGGUGACCUGCCUCAAAGCAGUACAACGUAUGCUGUACACAGGCAGCCAUGACUCCAAGGUGAAGUGCUGGCUGCCAGAGUCUGCCAACUGUACCCGCACCUUCAAGAUCAGCACUAACUUCGGCAGUGUGACGGCCAUCCAGAUUUACAAAGGCAUCCUUUUCGUGGGCUACACCGAUGAUGUGGCGCGAGCCUUUGACGCUAAGAGCGGUAGCCUGAAGCGGGUGUUCCAGGGGCACACUGAUAGCGUCAGCUGCCUGGCAGUGUGGGCCAACAAGCUCUACACUGGCAGCUCCGAUGGCACUCUCAGGGUGUGGGACGUGUCGAACAUCAGCACCGAGACCUCUUCGGAAGAAUCUGAGGACGAGCUCAACCAUCACGUCGAACUGGACUUCGAUCUGGAGAGGUACCUGGGCGAUGAUGUGGACCAGAAUAGUAAACCUGACGAGUGAAUACAAGCAUUGUAUGGAGACUACGUGGUGACUUAGAGCAAACUGGUAGACUGUUGGCCAGUUAUCAAGACAACUGCAGAGUAUUUUUAUUGACAACGGUAGAUCAUUUUUCAAGAUAACUGUAGACCAUUCUUCAAGACAACUAUUGAACAUUCAUCAUGACACCUGAAGACUCUUCUUUAAGACAAGCGAAGACAGUUCUCCAAAACAAGACCAAAUGCCGAGAAUCCUGGCAAAAAUUCUCGGCAUUGUGAACCCAUUAUCACUCAUACUAUAUAUUAGCUGCAGUGUGUGCGUGUGUGAUCUGUUAAACGUCUUUAAGGGUAACCAUAGCUAAUCUUAUAAACAGGGAAACUGUCCUAAAAUUAUAUGAUUGUGUAUUUCCAAGGACAAUCAGAUUUAAAAAAAUUUGUCAAGUCUAUGGGAAUUCUUUUUAACUGUUUUGAUGUGUUUAUAUGGGGUAAUUAGGAAAAUAAUUUACAUCAACUAUUUUGCCCUACGAUGAUUUGAAUAAGCUCGUGACAACCACAAUUUAUGGCCGAGGACUGGACACUGCAUGCUUUCUUGAUUAUUUAAAAUAAUUUAGAUAUCAGUGUUAUGUUAGAAACUGAACAAACAUUAAAGAUCUUUCUACCAUUUCCUGACAUAGGAAGUGUAAAACCUGUUUCAUACAGCGCCUGGGAAAUGAGAGGUAAUGAGACUCCCUCUGAGGAAAGGGAGGGUAGCUCCAGUGCCUUGAAUCACGAACUAGUAUCAAAGCCAUUGUCACCAUUAAGCUGAGGAUGGCUUAAAAUUAGAUGGGUACUUAUACAUUAUUCCUCCUACUACCAUCAAUGCACUGGCAUUGAUGUAUUCUGAUUCGGUUGGUUGGCUACACUAGGACCAUUAAGGCUGCGUGGUAACCUUUUCACCACCAGACAAGAAUACAUUAAUAAUAAUAAUAUAACAUAAUAUCUUUAUUUACUACAAGUACAUAUACAAGGUCCUAGCUGACAUUGGCAUACUACUAUAUAGAAAGACCCUUGUUAUGCUGAAAAUUUUAGGCAAAUUAGAUCAGUUUUGUCCCAGGAUGCGACCCACACCAGUCCACUAACACCCAGGUAUCCAUUAUUACUGAUGGGUGAACAUGGACAGCAGGUGUCUUGGAAACACGUUCCUAAUCUAAAGUUCUCCAGCCGUACCGGAGGAGAUUCGAACCCCGGACCUCAGUGUGUGAGAUGAGUGCUCUAGCGAUCGAGCUACGGGCUUAAGGUGAACUCUCCUUGAAUAUAUUUAAAAAAUAUAUGGAUGAAAAAUUAUGAUUAUAAUUGGGUCGAUUGUUAUGAGUUGUUGAGGUGGUCUAGGCAGCUGGAGAGGAUGGAUCAAAAUAGGACGACGAGGGUGUGUAAAUCAGGGGUGGAGGGAAAGAGGUAGGUCGUCCCAGGAAGACUUGGAGGAAUACAGUAAAGGAGGCGUUGAGCGCUAAAGGUUGAAGGCUUGAGUGAGCGCCGUAGGUAGCAGUACAGGUAGUUUUCAUAAUCUGAUGAGCAGUUGGUGAGCAAGGUAACAUUUAAGAAGCAAUUCAUGGAAAAAGGUUACAGACAUUACCACAGACCAGACCAUGAAUCCUGCUCUGGUCUAAAAUAAUGUUUGUAAAUAAUUUCUCUUUUUUUUCCGAAGUGUUAAGCGUGUAUAUAUAUAUAUUUGUUCCAUUCCUCUGUAAUUAUCCUCACUAGACAAUAUUUCAGGGGUUCACGUCUCAGUUCCUGGCCUUGCAAUUUUUAAACCUACAAUCCACCAGCUUUAUUGCCUCAUGGCUCUUGGACAGUGUGGUCAUGUAAUACACUCUGGGCAGUUUGGACAGGAGAGUGUGGACGACAGGUACUGUGGCUUACACAGUUGGCUUAUUCAGUCGAAUACAGAGGAAGCUGUUAUAAAGAUAGAAGACGUAGUGGAAAGGCGAAGAUGUUAUCAGACCAUCAACUUUGAAGAAGUCAUGUUCAAGACAAUGAAGCCGAACUCAUCUCCAGGUUGAUGGUCUGACCAGAAUCAUCUCCAGGUUGAUGGUCUGACCAGACUCAUCUCCAGGUUGAUGGUCUGACCAGACUCAUCUCCAGGCUGAGGGACUGACCAGACACAUCUCCAGGUUGAUGGUCUGGCCAGACUCAUCUCCAGGCUGAGGGACUGACCAGACACAUCUCCAGGUUGAUGGUCUGACCAGACUCAUCUCCAGGCUGAGGGACUGACCAGACUCAUCUCCAGGCUGAUGGUCUGACCAGACUCAUCUCCAGGCAGAGGGACUGACUGCAGCAUUUCUAUCUCCAGUGCUUCAGCUGUCUCAGAAAUAAUUACCUUUAUAUUGUGCUAAUAAAGCCUACUGUGUAGUCAAAACUUUUCUAAAUAAAGAUAACUGUUA